CAUCCCGGUCUGGGUUGCGGCGGUUCCGGCUUCCCAGGAAUCACGGGGCACAGUGCAGUAACGUGCCCUCGACAGGACGCCAAUCCAUGUGUCGGUGUGUAUGUAGAACCCGGACCGGUCGAUAGCUUUGCUGGGGAUUCAAACCCUGGAUCCCAAAGGAACACUUUGAACACAGUUACCCUAGGAAAAAGGAGCAGCACGAUGCUGCUGAUGACACGGGGACAUCACAGAGGUUUUGAACGGUCUUUGGUGCAAAGAUCAGCCCAGAAAUCAUGGCGACAGACUGCGAGGCAUGGCUCAACUCCAACCCUGUCGAGGCGGACGACCUGAGCGACUCCUAUCGGUCAGACGACGAAGAAAACGGCCCGGGGUCCAAAACCGACGGCGAAAUCCACGGUGACCGGGCGCCGGCGCCGGCGGGCAACCUCCACGAAGCCCGACUGGAGGCCAAGGCCAAGCGGCGCCUCCGCAAGAAUUCCUCCAGAGACUCGGGCCGGGGAGACUCGCUCAGCGACAACGGCGAGGCGACGCGAUCCACCGCGCCCCUCGCCAGCCCGAAAAGCAAGGUGCUGGACCGCAGGUCACGCCAGGGCAAAGGCAGAGGCCUGCCGAAGAAAGGUGGUGCCGGGGGUAAGGGGGUGUGGGGCACGCCGGGAGAAGUGUACGUCGAGGAGAAGGUCGACGUGCGCGAUCCCAACUACGACGAAGAUCAGGACGACGUCGUGUACGAGACGGUGGUGCUGCCGCUGGACGGCGACGACUUCACCCGCGCCGUCACGCCCAUCGUCCGGGAGUACUUCGAGCACGGAGACGCCGACGAAGUAGCGGAGCUGUUGAGCGAGCUGAACCUGGGAUCCAUGCGCAGCGACGUCCCUCUGUUAGCCGUGUCUCUGGCGCUGGAGUCGAAAGCCGGUCACAGGGAGCUCACGUCCCUGCUGCUGAGACGCCUGUGCGGCCGCGUCCUCGGCCGCUCCGACAUCGAGGCCUCGUUCCGCAGACUGCUCGAGGAGCUGCCCGACCUGGUGCUGGACACGCCCGCCGCUCCACAGCUGGUGGGUCAGUUCAUCGCCAGAGCGGUCGCGGAUCAGAUCCUCUCUAGGAACUACGUGGACGGAUUCAAGGGAAGAGUGGACUGCGAGCACGCGAGGGCGGCCCUGGACCGCGCCGCCGUACUGUUAAAGAUGAGCGAGGAGGCGGGGAUCAAGAUCGAUAACCUCCGGGGUUCGGGAGGCGGACGGAGGCCCGUCGACGAACUCGUCAAAGAGGUAAACCUGUCGCUGAAGGAGUACGUGCUCUCGGGGGACACGGAGGAGGCCGAGCGGUGUCUGAGGGAGCUGGAGGUGCCGCAUUUCCAUCACGAGUUCGUGUACGAGGCGAUCGUCAUGGUUUUGGAGUCCGGAGGAGACGCGACCCGUCGGACGAUCCUCAAGCUGCUGAAAUCUCUGUACGAUUCCUCGGUCAUCACGGCGGACCAGACGAGAAGGGGUUACGAGAGAGUGUACGAGGACGUGGCCGACAUCAGCGUCGACGUGCCGCGCGCCUUCUCUAUACUGGAGCGCUUCGUGGACGAGAGCUUCGGCGCCGGAGUCGUCGACAGACGGCUCAGAGACCGGUGCCCCUGUCGAGGGCGGAAGAGGUUCGUCAGCGAGGGAGACGGCGGACGCCUGAAACCCCAAACCCUCUGAGCGCCGCGUACCCGGAGUCCAUCCCGCCGCCCCGUCGGAGGAAACCGGCGUCCGUGUUCCAAGUGCGUACGUGCGUAUGUGUGUCUAUCUCACAGGUUUAGGUGGAGUUUCCCCACCUGUCAGUAAAGAAUGUAGAGCUUCCACAGAGCAACGUGGUACACGCCAAACGAUACGGCGCUUAACACACACACACGCGCACACACACCGAGAUAAGCUAAACGAAGCUAAAUUCAGAGGUGUCACACUUUCAAGUGACCGAGUCUUUCCAGGAUUUGUAGUUUUAAGUUCACUGCCGCCCUCACGGGCAUUUUGACCGAGUACCCGGUCAGUACCCGGUUUCACGACACGUGUAGUCCGACGUCAUUUCUGUACGUCAGGACGUCGGUGCGUGCAGCUUUAUCUUUCACGAUGUACCAAAACGUUCUUGUCUAUUUUUGUUUUCCUUUGUCUGAAAUGUUGUCAAUAAAUAAGAGUGAAAGAAGUUUGAA